AUGCUGCGGUCCACAGCGAGCACGUCAAGGCUCACAGUCCGCCAUGCACGGUCAUUCGCCACCCCCUCGUCCCUUCCCAUCAAGGACUGCACGUCCAUCACGCCGCCCUACCCACGGCUCCUCAAGACUCUGGACCAGGUCCGGCGCGUCUUGCCCAAGUCGACCAAGUUGACUCUGGCCGAGAAGAUUUUGUACAGUCAUCUGCGGAACCCAGAAGAGAGCCUGGGAGGGGGUGGCAAGAUCAGGGGAGAGAGAUACCUGAAGCUGAGGCCAGAUAGGGUAGCUAUGCAAGAUGCCUCGGCCCAAAUGGCUCUCCUCCAAUUCAUGACCUGCCGUCUCCCCACUUGCGCCGUUCCCGCUUCUAUCCACUGCGACCACCUUAUCCAAGCUUCCGUCGGGGCCUCCGCGGACCUCGCUAAGUCGAUCGACCAGAACAAGGAGGUCUUUGACUUCCUCGAGUCCGCAGCUCGGAAAUACGGUAUCGAGUUCUGGCGGCCAGGAUCCGGGAUUAUCCACCAGAUCGUCCUGGAGAAUUACGCAGCUCCCGGUCUGCUCAUGCUGGGUACCGACUCGCACACGCCGAAUGCGGGUGGAUUGGGGAUGUUGGCAAUUGGAGUGGGAGGAGCGGACGCGGUGGACGCUUUGACGGAUACGCCAUGGGAGCUCAAGGCGCCGAUGAUCACGGGGGUCAAGUUGACAGGGGAGCUGAGCGGGUGGGCGACGCCAAAGGAUCUGAUCUUGAAUCUUGCGGGGAGGUUGACAGUACGAGGCGGGACCGGCCGGAUACUCGAGUACUUUGGCCCUGGUGUCACAGCCCAAUCAUGUACCGGUCUUGCCACCAUCGCCAACAUGGGUGCCGAAGUCGGCGCGACCACCUCGACCUUCCCUUACGCCGCCAACAUGCGCGAAUACCUUCACGCUACUGGUCGAGGACCGGUCGCUCAGGCGGCGGACGAGGCGGCAUCCAAGGGAUUCCUGCAGGCAGAUGAGGGAGCAGAGUACGAUGAGGUCAUUGAGAUUAACCUCUCUGAGCUUGAACCCCACCUCAACGGUCCGUUCACACCUGAUCUCGCUACCCCCCUCUCCUCCUUCCCCGGCUUCCUCUCCGAGAACAAUUACCCCACCGUCCUCUCUUCUGCCCUCAUCGGAUCAUGUACCAACUCGUCGUAUGAGGACAUGUCGAGAGUAGCUAGUAUCGCCCAACAGGCGAAAGAUGCGGGUCUUAAGAGCAAGGUCCCAUUCCUUGUCACACCUGGUUCUGAGCUUAUCCGAGCCACUGUUGAGCGGGAUGGGCUGCAGUCAACCCUGGAGGACGUCGGCGCGACUGUAUUGGCCAACGCAUGUGGACCUUGUAUCGGCCAAUGGAAGCGAGAUGAGAAGAAGGGCGAGGACAACGCCAUCCUCACCUCCUUCAACCGAAACUUCAAAGCUCGUAACGACGGCAACCUCCGAACCAUGAAUUUCCUCGCCUCCCCCGAGAUCGUCACCGCCAUGGCCUUCUCCGGCUCCCUCAACUUCAACCCCGUCACCGACUCCAUCCCCACCCCUUCUGGCCCCUUCCGCUUCUCCCCACCUACAGGCGAUCGCCUCCCUCCUUCCGGCUACACACCGGGCGACUUGUCCUACGCCCCCUCGCCAUCACCUGUACCCCGCGGAGAGACAGAGAUUGCCAUCAGCCCUACCUCGGCGCGAUUGGAGGUGUUGGAGCCGUUUGCGUCGAACUUUAAGGGCGGGAAGGGAGAGCUACCAGAGUUGACGUGUUUGAUGCGCGUGAGGGGCAAGUGCACGACGGAUCAUAUCUCUGCUGCUGGUGCUUGGCUGAAGUACAAGGGUCACCUGAGCAACAUCUCUGAAAACACCCUUAUGACCGCUGUCAAUGACGAAGGCGGACACAUCAACAUCGCCAACGACGGUAACGGGGAGGACACUAUCCCUAAGACCAUGCAGAAGUACAAGCAGCGGAACGAGCCUUGGAUGCUGGUCGUCGACGAUAACUACGGAGAAGGUUCCGCGCGUGAACACGCGGCACUCCAACCCCGCUACUACGGCUGCGCCCUCAUCCUCGCCCGCUCCUUCGCCCGGAUCCACGAAACCAACCUCAAGAAGCAAGGUAUCCUCCCCCUUUGGUUUGUCGACAAGAGCGACUACUCGCGCAUCUCCGCGUUUGACAAGAUUGUGACCCGCGGCGUGGACAAGUUGCUGGAUGGGUCGCUGCAGGGAGAUGAGGUGGUGUUGGAGGUGACGAGGCCGAGUGGGGAGAAGUAUGAGGUCAGGGCGAGACAUACGAUGAGUAGGGACCAGGUGGAGUGGUUGAGGGCUGGGAGUGCUCUUAACUGGAUCGGGGAGCAGGCGAGGCGGGCUUGA